AUGUCGGUCAAUUCGCCACCCAUAUACACCAUCGACCUCUCCCUGCCCCCGCGCUCACGCUACAAAGCCGUCGCAAGAGAAUAUGCCCCCACCCUGCACCAACUAACCAGCCUCUACACCGAAGUAGUUGCUCACCUCAAGCUACCCCCUUGCUUCUUCCAUUACCUCGGCCGCUUGCUGCUCCGCCGCCUCGCUAGCAAUGAGCAGACCGAGGAGUUACGCGGAAUCAGUGAAGAAUGCGGCGUACCCAUGUACCUGCUGGUCGCCUACAAUGUAUUCCUUGACUUGCUUCUAGGCUGUACGAGUGGUGGUGUGCUAACUAAGAAACCUGAGCAAGAGGGUGAAGGAAAAGGGGGAGAAGGCGACGAAGAAGUGACAAUGAUGCACUUCCGCACACUAGACUGGUCCAUGCCCGUACUUCGGGAUGUCAUUGUGCAAUUCGACUACAUCAAUUCACCACAGGGAGAAGUCAUAGCCAGAAUAGUAGGCUACGUAGGUUUCGUCGGUAUCCUAACAGGCGUACGCAAAGGCCUCAGCGUAUCGCUCAACUUUCGUCCUUACCACAACGCAUCAGGUCUAUCCCUCGAGAACGCGCGAUACUACUGGAACACACUGCUCAUCCUACUAGGCCGACGCCCAAGUAUCACAACCGUAAUCCGCGACUUCCUACUCCCCAGACCCAAAGAAACACCGCGAGUCCGCCGAAAACUCUCCAAGAAACGAGGCCGAAACGGACGCAAACAGCAAGACCUCGAAGAAGAAAAAGAAGAAUUAGUACCAACCUACCACCCCCCACACCCCCCAGACGCUGUAACCUCCCUCCUCCCCACCCUACGCACACCAGUCGCCUACCUAAUCUUCUGCACACCCGACGAAACCCUCAUCCUAGAAAAAGAUUUCCGAACCGCAAACAUCCUCCGCUCCCCAACCUUCCUUGCCACAACAAACCACGACAUCGCCCUCGAACCACAUUCUCCCUCCCAACAACCCACCACCACCUCACCCGUCCAACCCCACAUCCACGCUUUCCUACAGUCAAGCAUCUUCCAGCAAGCAAGCGUACAGGAUAUCCUAGACGACAGCAUCUACCGUAAAGAAUGCUUGACACUGGCGUGGCGGGCGUGGCGGCGGCGGCGACGACAGCAGGAGCAACAGCAGGAGCGACAGCAGGAAGCGGGACGUGAGGAAGAGCAGUCAGAAAUGGGAGUUCCAUUGAGUACGCUUGAGAGGUGGGUAGAGAGGUGGCCGGUGAGUAAUGCAACUACGCAUUUCGCAUGUAUUAUGGAUCCGGGGACGGGAGUAUUUCGAUGGGUUAGGAAGUUUGAGGCUGGGGAGAUUGUGGAGCCGGGUGUGGUGGGGGAAGGGGAGUCUGUCUCAGGAGAUAUGUAG